CUAUUGUAUCUGGGUAAAACGAAGCCCGCCUGGUCACGCUCCGUAGGGUAAGACGCAAAUGGAAAAAAAAGCAUAUCCUGGAAUUGUUCAGCAUCAUCCUCGUUCACCCACAGAGAAAACCACUGGAGCUACGAGCAUCACUUUGAGCACAGAGUGGCAGAAAUGGCAAGAAACACCAGAAGAAAAAGUAGAAGAACGCAUCCGGUGUUUGUGGUUGGAAUAAUUUGAAUGAAACUUCCGCAUAACAUUUUAAAUAAUGCGGUACGUGUUUCUGACACUUUUGUACAUAUUCGGUAUAUGUGCUGUCUUCACAUAUGGAGAGAAAUGUGGACAAAGUGAAUAUCUAUCAGCAGCUGAUGAAUGCUGUCCUAUGUGUGCUAUGGGAUCAGUGGUUAUGAAAGACUGCCAUGGUGAUUACAGUACAACAUGCAAACCUUGUGCUAAAGGAACAUUUAUGAAUGAACCGAAUGGAUUACAAAAUUGUUUUCAGUGUAAAAUCUGUGAAAACGGCCUUUUUAUUUCACAAGACUGUACAACAAUGGAGGAUACAGUCUGUGGGGUGUUGGAUGGAUAUUAUUGCAAGCAUUUUGCAGAUAACAGAAAUGAUUGUUCUCUUGCAAUAAAACACAGUAAAUGUAAACCGGGGGGACAAAUAAACACUCCAGGUACAAAGGCAUCAGAUAUCGUUUGUGAGCCCUGUUCUCCAGGGUUUUAUUCUCCUGAAGGUGUGAUCUGCUCUAAAUGGACAGACUGUUCGGUCAGAAAUGAGAUUGAGGUUGAAGAAGGCACUUCCAUUAAAGAUGUUCAAUGCAAACCACAAAGGAACAGAUAUGUUCUCAUAGCAGCUUUUCUCCCAACUGCAGUUGUUUUACUGUCACUUCUAGUUCCAUGUUUGAGUCAAAGAAAAGCAGUCAGAAGUUGAUUUAUAUUAAAUGUAAGUGCACAAAAAUGUUUUGAUUCUUGAAUUACAGAAGCAGUAAAGUCUCUUUGCCAUUCUUUUAUUUGUUUAUUUUUUUUAACUAAACCUGGUUGUAUUAGAUGUGUUUUCAGGCACUUGUUCAUUUGUUUCUUUUUAUUGACUGCAAACAGAAAUCAAUCGAAGGUUCCAUACAGCUUUGUUUUGAUGCAGCUGAUAUCGAUUUGUGAAAUUUGUUUCAUAGAAAAUGUUUAUUUGGAAUUGACUUUACUUGAAUUUUCUUUUUUAUAUUUCUUUUAAAUUUCGUCCUAUUAUACAUGAAGGUCAACACAGUAGUCUCAAAUUAUGAUGAUUAAUUACGAUGAAUCAGCUGUCUUUGUAGAUUUCUUUUUUUUUUUUUUUUUUUUGUGCUUAUAGAGUUCUGUAAAGGAAUUAGGUUUUAGGUUUCUUAAUGAGGGGCCUAAUCACUGCCAACUUGAACGAUUUAGGGACGUAACCUAAAGAUAGUGAGGUGCUAAUAAUAUUAAGAAGAGGCUCACCAGCUGUAUGUAACACUUCUUUCAGUAAUUUAGUUGUGGGAUCUAGUGAACAAGUUGUUGAUUUAGCUGUAGUAAUAAUAAUAGUCUGUUCUAUAGGUAGUGUGUACAGUAUGACGUAAUGGUCUGUGAUGUCAUCAAAAUGAGGUGCACGUGAAACCAUGAGUUACUUCACAAGGAUGUUGUUUUUUACUAAAGCACCAGCUCGAUGAAUGGACAAAUAAGACUUUUUUAUUCUGAAACCCAAAAAAAGAACUUGACUUAUUUUUUUAUUAUUAUUAGUGCACUCUUUACAGGACUCUUGACUCAUUUUGGGAGAGCAGAAAUGUUUUUUAUUGUAAAAUACAAAAUUGUGUAAAAAAAAAAUGCAGAAGUAUGUCAUCUGGAAUCCAACUUUUAGCUUUUGUGAGGAAAACUUAGUGUUAGUAAAAAAAAAUAUAUAUAUAUAUAUAUAUAUAUAUAUAUAUAUAUAUAUAUAUAUAUAUAUAUAUAUAUA